AGCACAAAGCAAUUUAGUGAAAUCAUGGAAAGAAAUAGUUGUUACUAAUCCCAUUCAAGAUAUGAUGAAUGUGUGAGUGUAUGAGUUUCCAUAGCGAUCGUUGCAAUGGAGAUACAAUCUAUCCCAAAGUACUCAAAUAUUACACCGUUUUUACUCGAAGUCGCAUAUAUUGUUGUUAUUCAUUUGUUUUUAUGUAAGAUUUGAUCUACAUUGGGUUGUUUCACACCCAAGAAGUGCGAGAAGUGAAACGCACAUACGAUGUCUCAGUCUGGACCACAAAAGUCGCGUUUUACGGGGUGAGUUUUGUGUACAAGAGAAACCCCCGUGCACAAGCAGCGUCGCCGAAAGCGCGAAUUUGAAGACGAAAGGACGAGGGCCUAGCAGUCAACUGCACAGCAAAGGGAGGGCAUUAAAAAAGUGAGGGCAAUACUGCUUUCUAUUCCAGGUUGUAGAAAUAUGCGGCAAGCAACAUGAAUAAAGGUCGGUUUUAAUUUUAUGUACCUUAACAAUCAGCAAGUAAAAUAAUAAUUUCUUGUUCCCCUAACUAAUGCCCAACAAGAAUUGAGGGGUUCAACCGCCUCUUCAAGAUUCAGCCGGUGCUUGACCACGUUCUGGGGAAAAUCAAGGCCAACUACCAACCAAGAAGAGACCUCUCUGAAGACGAAGGGAUGAUUGGCUUUCGAGGAAGACUGUCCUUCAAGCAAUACAUGCCCGCGGAGCCGACAAAGUACAGGAUUAAGAGACAGUGGUGGGAAAAGAAGAUCCGAAAGGAACUAGAAUUUCGCAGGGAACUCAUGCACGGAUUCAUCACAGGAUUUUCAUCAGUCAUGCAUAAGAAGUCCAAAAAGGGAAGCAAGAUUCAAAAGAACACACUGACCAUAGAGAAUGCCAAAGGCCACCCCAUCCAGAAGAUAGACGGCAGAAAGAAUCUGUCCACUGCUAGAAAAUCGGGGAAAAGACACCAAAAGGACAGGCGAUGGAGACAAAUUACAAGUGAGCCCAAUGCACUGUCGUGUUGUGCCGGGAUGGAUGCUUCCUCGACUACCACGCCAUCCAAUAAAACAACUUCACCAAUGUCAUGAGAGCUUCUCUGCAGAAGCUUAAAAACUAACAAAAAAGGACAGUGAGUUCAAUGAAUGCGAGUUUUGUCCUUAUUUGGCUACUAUUUCACUGUCAUUUUCCUUUGAAUGUUUGUGUUUUGUAAUCGAGACGUGCGUAAUUUUUAAAUAAUAUUUCAAUUUGGCGAUUUUCUGCCAUUUUUAGAUAUAUUCAUGAUAUUGUUUUGUCAUACUUGGCUUAAUAUUUGAAUUACUUGUUUUAUUUUGGUUAUAAUAAAAGUUAUUUUGGCUUUAUGCAGUGUCUCAAUAUUUAAUGCGCAUAUGUGUUUUGUUUUGUACUAGCACAUUUAUGCGAAAAGUCGAAAUUUACCUAGGGCCAGGGAGAAUCCCACGCGCUAUUAUCCCAGGAGUGAAUGGGUUAUUAUAAAUAAUCUAUAUACUUAUACGUUUUGUAAUAAAGUAAAUAUUAUUAGAUUUUAUACAUUGUAAAUAUUUUGGUUGUAAUAAAUAACUGCUGGAACCCA